ACUUCUGCCCUUAUAUGGCAAAGGCAGGUGGUGCCGGCGUUCGGUGCCGAGGGAAGGAGGGAACAAAGGUCACCCCGGAGCUUGCUCUGUUCAGGUGCAGUCCGUCUCCAAGGUGCCAGGCACCCACCAAGCAGACACCACCGCCAAGGUCCUCCCACCAGCAUCUGGGCACCAUGCCGGAACUUAGCUCCAAGGUCACCAGGACUCUGAACAAAACCACACCUGGACUCCAGAUAUGGAGAAUUGAGAACAUGGAAAUGGUGCCUGUGCCCCCCAAAACGUAUGGAAAUUUCUAUGAAGGGGAUGCUUAUAUCAUUCUCUCGACUCAUAAGACUGGGAACAACUACACUUAUGACAUCCACUUCUGGCUGGGCAGUGCAUCAUCGCCGGAUGAACAAGGUGCAGCUGCCAUCUUCACUAGCCAGAUGGACGAGCACCUGGGUGGGGUAGCGAUACAACAUCGUGAGGUCCAGAACUGCGAGAGCGACACCUUCCGAAGCUACUUCAAAAAUGGCCUCAUCUACAAGAAAGGCGGAGCGGCAUCAGGCUUCAAGCAUGUGGAAACCAACACCUACAAUGUGCGACGCCUGCUACAUGUCAAGGGCAAGAAGAACAUAUUGGCUGGAGAGGUGGACAUGAGCUGGAACAGCUUCAACCUGGGGGACGUGUUCCUGUUGGACCUUGGGAAGCUCAUCGUCCAGUGGAAUGGUCCCGAGAGCAAUCGCAUGGAACGGCUGAAGGCGAUGAAUCUGGCCAAGGACAUCCGUGACCGGGAGCGUGGGGGUAGAGCACAGAUCGGUGUGGUGGAAGGUGAGAACGAAGAUGCCUCUCCUGGCCUCAUGAAGGUUUUGAACUAUGUGCUGGGUAAGAAGAAGACCAUCAAGCCAGCCAUCCCAGAUGCUGUGGUGGACCACAAACAGAAAUCCUUUCUGAAGCUCUACCAUGUCUCUGAUGUAGAUGGGAACCUUCUCAUCCAGGAAGUUGCCAUCCAGCCCCUUACCCAGGACCUCCUGAAGCAUGAGGACUGCUACAUCUUGGACCAGGGUGGCGUGAAGAUCUUUGUGUGGAAGGGCAAGUUAUCCAACAAGGAGGAGAGGCAGCAGGCCAUGUCGCGGGCCUUGGGUUUCAUCAAGGCAAAGAACUACCCACCCAGCACCAAUGUGGAGACUGAGAACGACGGCUCUGAGUCAUCCGUCUUCAGGCAGCUCUUUCAGAAGUGGACUCUCCCCAAUCAAAGCACGGGCUUGGGCAAGACCAACUCACUCGGAAAAAUAGCCAAAGUGGAACAGGUGAAGUUUGAUGCCACCUCUUUGCAUGCCAAGCCCGAGGUGGCUGCCCAGCACAAGAUGGUGGAUGAUGGCUCUGGAGAAGCGAAGGUGUGGCGAAUUGAGGACUUGGAAAUGGUGCCAGUGGAGGGUCGCUGGCUGGGGCAUUUCUACAGCGGUGAUUGCUAUCUGAUCCUCUACAAAUACCUAGUCUACAAUAAGGAGCACUACAUCAUCUACCUAUGGCAGGGCCGCAAUGCCAGCAGGGAUGAGAUCACUGCCUCGGCUUACCAGGCCGUCAUUCUGGAUCAACAAUAUAAUGGUGAGCCUGUCCAGGUGCGAGUGACCAUGGGCAAGGAGCCUGCCCACCUCAUGGCCAUUUUCAAGGGGAACAUGGUGGUAUAUGCGGGAGGUACUUCCCGAGCUGGUAAUGCAGAUCCAGUGCCCCCCACCCGCCUUUUCCACGUCCAUGGCACCAACGAGUACACCACCAAGGCCUUUGAGGUGGCUCCCCGGGCCUCUUCCCUCAAUUCUAAUGACGUUUUUAUUCUCAAGACUAAGAGCUGCUGCUACCUUUGGUAUGGGAAGGGCUGUAGUGGGGAUGAGAGGGAAAUGGCCAAGAAUGUGUCUGACCUGAUCUCCAGGACUGAGAAAGUUGUGAUCGCGGAGGGCCAAGAGCCUGCAGAAUUCUGGGUUGCGCUGGGCGGAAAAUCGCAAUAUGCCAACAAUAAAAGAUUGCAAGAGGAGACAGUGUCCAUCACACCUCGGCUCUUCGAGUGCUCCAAUAAGACAGGCACCUUCCUUGCCACGGAGAUCACACAUUUUACCCAAGAUGACCUGGAACAAGGUGAUGUGUUCUUGCUGGAUGUCUGGGACCAGGUUUUCUUCUGGAUUGGUAAAGAUGCAAAUGAGUCUGAGAAGGAGGCAGCGGCUGUCACUGCCCAGGAAUACUUGCGGACUCACCCAGGUGGCCGUGAUCUUGACACCCCCAUCAUCAUUGUCAAACAAGGCUUUGAACCCCCAACGUUCACUGGCUGGUUCCUGGCAUGGGAUCCCCUCUGUUGGUCGGACAAGAAAACAUACGAAGAUCUGAAAGCUGAGCUUACAGAUGAGAGUAGUCUCAACCAGGUCACUUCUGAAAUUGUUGAGGCAGAAGAGUCUUUCAAUGCCAAUACAACCAUGGGCAGCCUGUCAUUCGCUACAUACCCCCUUGAGAAAUUGAUGAAUGUGCCUGCAGAGGAGUUGCCCAAGGGUGUAAAUCCUUGCAAGAAGGAGCACUACUUAUCAGAAGAAGAUUUUCAAGCUGUCUUUGGAAUGUCCCGACAGCAAUUCAGUACACUGGCUACAUGGAAGCAACAGGCCAUCAAGAAGGAAAAAGGACUCUUCUAAAUGUAGAUUAAGUUCUGCAGUUAGGUGGAUGCUGAUUUUUAAUUAAAAAUAGAUCAAAACUUGAUAACAGGGUAGUCUUUAAGGUCUCAUUUCUCUCUCUCUACCUAUGAAAAGAAGCAGAAUG